AUGGCGCGGCUGGUUCAGUCACGAGAGGUCGCACAAUCCUCGACUGGUUUGUCUAAAGGCCAAGGGGUUUGGACGGGGAGUCCUAUGCGCAGACGUGUCACCAGAAGUCAGAGUCGAGAGUUAGAGGAACUUAGGACCCAACAGGCUCCUCGUGGUAGUGGUGGUGAUGAUGGCGAGCCGUCGGCAGGUGCUGGUCGGAGAAGGUGGGGCACCCAAAGUAAGGGACCAGUGAGCGGGAAGGGCUUAGAUGUUGUGGUUGAAGAAUCACCGCAAAGGUCGGCUCAGAAGACUGGCCCGCAGUAUGGGAACCAGGUCAUUCCUGAGACUCCGGAAGAUGAACACAACAUCUCCGGUACUACUAUUCUUCCCUCAGAACCGGACCAUGAUCUGGAUGUGGAUAUCAUGGUCGAGGCACUGCCGGACUUGGAGCGUGCAGCUGCCAAUGUACUUGAUUUCCUCGUUCCUGGGUCGGCAGAUCCAGUCAGCAUCAUGAGCAGGGCGAAGCAGCUGAGGGAUCCUGCUGGUACUCAGAGCAGACGGCUGCAGCGGUCUGUGACUAACUUGAACCAUGAAGCGAAGUACUUUGGUCAAAAGAGCCCUCUCACUUAUCUUGAUGUGGAGUACAUUGUGGAAGUCAGUGGGCUUGAAGACUACUCGAAGCCUGUGCUCUACAAAGCCAAUUGUGCUCGUUUUGCGUUGCGAAUGCUCCUGGCUACACCUGGUACUGAGUCCUCUCCAGAGCAGGCAAUUUCCACCAUCCAUGAUGAGUUUCCGUCGCCUUUCAUGGCUAAUCUGGUGGAAAGGGGUGCCCAGAAGUCUGUCGAUGAAAGCUAUCUGGAGAAGGAGACUUGGCAGCUGGCUCUAGAGAUUCGCACACAGUACUUGAUAAUGCAGCUUGAAGCACAUCAGAAUGAUGAUGACUUUGACCCAGUUGAGAUACUGACAACCGGCUUCUUCUUGGACGCGCCCAAGGACGCACCCAGCGAUGCCGAGCGUCGGUUUCGCGGCUUCAAUCUGGAGAGGUUCACUGAUGCCCGAGGGGAACUUCCAUCGAAAUAUCGGAGUGACGUUGAAAGCCGUUAUGACGAUAUGCGUGUCGUUCUGGAAGUCGACGGUACUAUUGGAGCACUCAAGGGUGACUACCGCUGGCAGAAGUUCGUCAUGCAGGCCGCCCGAUGGAUUCGCAAGAGGUGUGACGAGGUGAACAAUGACUUGAAAGGCCAAAUAAGCUCCAUGGACAUGCAUGAGAGCUUCUAUGCCAUUGCAAAGUCACGCCAAAGUAUUAGCGGCACGCCGGCAUUGUCCACUCCCAGCGGGCGCUUUUCUAAUCGUCUAUCCACGACUGAGAACACAGCACGGAGGUCUGCUACUACUUCAGGUACGCCACAGGUCUCGCAGCCUUCGUCGCAAGCAAGGCCUCCUGCGACCGCUUCUACAAAUGCACAAAAGGUUGCAACACCCAUGUCUGCCCAGAACCCGUUUCACACAGUUCCAGAGAUCAUUGAACCAGAGAGAAGCGCGCCCAGAGUCGCUUCAGUCGCCCGCGAUGUUUUGCCUCCUGCUGCAACAGAGGGGCCAUCUGAGACCAGGCCUCAGAAGAAGUUUCGCAAAUACCCCUUUAAUAACCGAGACGCUAUCGCCCGGAUGGGUCAACGAAGGCAAGAGCUUCGUCAUUCAAUUGAUGCGUCAACCUCUCGCCGACAAUCUGACCCAGUCAGACCCAAUGCUUCUGAAGUGGUAGAUCAGUCUGCAGCCGACAGGCGACAGACUGUGUCUGCAAUCCCACCUCGCCAGAGGUCAGCGGACCCAGCACCGCCCAGUGAGGUCCAGACUACCUUUGACGCUUCUCGCACGCUCGUAAAUGAUGAAACGCAGGUUAACGAUGACACUGAGGCUUAUGAGGAUACGCAGCUGAAUGAUGGCAAUGAGACACAUGAAGAGACCCAGCUGAACGAUGAACACACAACGGCUGAAGACACAGAACUUUUCGUAUGCGACGAACCACUUGAUAUAAGUCAGCAUACUGAGAAUCAUCCGGAGAGGUCCCAUAGUCCUCCGAUGAAUCGGUCCGUCCCAAGACCCCGCAGGGAGACUGGGUCUACAUUGGCGCCUCCUAGAAUGGAAAACAACCUUUCGCUCCCCUCAAGCAGGGAUGUCUGGAACAUGGCGAAUUCUCGGUCGCGGGCCACGCCAGAAGCUUCUAAUAGCUCACGACCUGCGUUUAUCGACCGCCAAGAAAACGCAGUGUGCGUUUCUCCGGUCAGCCAGACGUCGGGACCGAGAAGUGUGGAACGGAGACCUCGUGGACGGCCCCCCAAACGCAGACGUGAAACCGAGACUGUCUCUGAGAGCGAAGAGGAGUAUGAUACUGAUAACCGUGAAGUGGCCACGGAACGCCGGCGUGCCGAAAAGCCCGAGCAGGCGCGACAAAGCAAGCGCGCAAGGGUAGACAGCGGCCAUGAAGGAGCCGGGGACGAGGCCCAGGUUCGACAUCGGUCCAGGUCGCAGGAAGCUGCUGGUUCCCCGGUUCGUACGCAGACCCCUUCGCCGCAAGCAGAGAACCGCCAGGCGAUGCCACCACCGGUACCUAAGCGGAGAACCAGAGGCUGGACAGAUGCCGAAGAUCGCCGGUUGAUACGUUUGAUCGAAGAGCAUGGUGUUUCGUGGACGAAGAUCGAAGACGAGAACACGAUACAGCCUGAAAGGGAGGGAGAAGCCCGAUUCGAAAAUCGGAACCAGGUGCAAAUAAAGGACCGUGCGAGGAACUUGAGAAUCAAAUUCCUUCGGGAGUCCCAACCGAUCCCCAAGAACUUUGUAGACGUGACAAUGAAGGGGGUGGACAAGAAGAAGCUCCGGGAUCAAGGUAUUGACCCAGACCGUAGGGAAUAA